AACCAACGUCUGGUGACUCAGAGGGAACAGACGGCAUUUUUAUUCGCAAAGAUAACUGUUUACUUUUAGAUUCUUCUUUCAUCCAAACUAAAAGUGUGCGCCAUGGCUACUGCGACCUGUCAGCUGUCUGAGGACCAGUUCCUCUGCUCCAUCUGCCUGGACGUGUUCACAGAUCCUGUUACUUUACCCUGUGGUCACAACUUCUGCAAAACAUGCAUUCAUCAUCACUGGUCCAUUCAAGCCACGAGCCAAUGUCCUUAUUGCAAACAGGUUUUUAAUCCAAAACCGGAUUUAAAAAUCAAUAUUUUCAUUUCCGAGAUGGCUGGCCAGUUCAGACAAUCGAAACUAACUAACAGCUCACAGCGUCAAACUAAUCCAGAAGAAGUAUUCUGUGAUUUUUGUACCUAUCCUAAAUCUAGAGCCCUGAAGUCCUGUCAAGAAUGCCAGUCCUCCUUCUGUGAGUCCCACCUUGCGCCACAUCUGAUUAUAGACAAUCUACAAACACACACACUUGUCGACCCCCAAAGAAACCUGAAGUGUAUGGUUGAAGAAGGAACGACAUUAAGGAUGGAUGCUGAAAUUAAGGAAAUGAUUGUGAUGAGACAAGUCACCAUCCACCAACUGCGCCAAUUGAUGGAGCUCAACAACAAAGAAGCUAAUACAGAAAUGACAAACGCCGUCGAAACCUUCACCGCUCUGAAAGAUUGUGUGGCAAAAGAUCUAGACAACCUCAUACAAGACAUAACCAGGAAGAAGAAGACCACAGAAGACAAUGCAAAGAGCUAUAUUGAAGACUUAGAACAAGAGAUGACAGGGCUGAGAAAUGGUGCUAGAAUUGUCACAAGAGAUUGGGCAAACUUGAAUAUUCGUAAACCAACUUAUGAAGGGACAGCUGUGAGAGCCAUGGCGCAGUUAGAUCAGAAACUCAGCCAACAAAUGAGUAGGGCUUUUAUCUGUGAGUUACAAAGAGUCAAAAAAUAUAACGUUCACAUCAUGCUCGAUCCUGACAGAGUACAGCCCAAAUCAACCAAUCAAAGCAAUACAAAAGACAGCGAUAAAAAGCCAGAAUGUAAAUGUGUGCUCGCAAGUCAAAGCUUCUCCGCUGGUAAGUUUUACUUUGAGGUAGACGUAAGAAGCAGAUCCAAGUGGGUUUUGGGCUUGGCUAAGGAGCUCCAUGUUAGCAAGGAAGUUGCACUGAGCCCCCAAAAUGCAUACUGGACCAUAUGUAUGAGAAAUAAAAAAGAGUGCUAUGCAGGAUCCGAGCCUACAGUGCGACUGUCGCUAAAAUCCAGGCCAGAGAAAGUGGGAGUGUUUGUGGAUUACGAGGAAGGCUUGGUUUCCUUUUAUGACGCCAAUCAGGCAGAUCUAAUCUACACAUUCACAGGCUGUAAUUUCACUCACAAGGUCCACCCUUUCCUUAGUCCUUGUGAGAAUGAUGGCAUAAAGCUCCACACGCCGCCUGAUUCAUCUUGUGUACUUCAGUAGAGAAGUUAUACAGUAUCUGUGCCAUGCUUGUAAAAAAAAAUAUAUAUACCUAGAUACAGAGCAAUACUAAAUCGUGCUAACAGCUCAACAGCUCUAUCAAAUAAGACUUCCUGAAUAUAAAGUGAAUGUGAUAUAAACAUCCAGUUUUAUAAACAUCUAUUAAAACAAUUCAUAUUAUUGCCCAACCAAUAAAAAUGCAAUGGAUUAGAAUAAUUUCUAUGACGUAAAAGCUCCAACUCUGCUCUACUCCUUCACCAAUUUCACUUUCAAUAAGAAACGUAUCCAAUCUAGUCCCUGGAAACUACUCAGUGGCAAACUCUGCCUUAAUAGUCCUUUGUAGAAGCCUUUGUAUAGAUAUGUAAGUGUAAUAAUUUACACUUAAUAAUAAUACAAUUUAUUAUAGUGCGUUUCUAAGCAUUCAAAGCACUCUGCACAAGUGGUGAAAAAAUUAUAAAAGCAACGAACUUACACUACUUCAGGUCAUUGCAUUGUUUUAGUCAAACUCAAACUCAUUGUGUCAAUUACUCAGUUCAAGUCAAAACAUUAUUUUGAAUGGUGAAUAAAUGGUGGUCACAGAAUUACAGAAUUCUUCAAAUCAAACCCAUGCAUCUCUGUUGUGUAACCUUGUUCAAAAUAGAUUUACUUUCUGUCAUUUUUUCACAAUCAGAUGUCCAUUUUAUCUUGUUAUCUUGUAACUCACAGUAACAUAGAAAUGUGUGUGUGUGUCUAUAUAUAUAUAUAUAUAUAUAUAUAUAUAUAUAUAUAUAUAUAUAUAUAUAUACAAUUUUACAUCUGAUUGCAUUGUUGUUUAGGCUUUACAUCAAUAAAGCAUUAAAGGU